UAAACAGAGUGGGAGGAUAAGAGUACUUAAAUUCCUAGGUUUAUGGGCUGGAGAAACACAUGCAUCCUUACGCAUGAAGAUGUAGGAAGGGAAGAUGUAGGGGAAUUCACCAAGCAUGUAUUCAUUGCCUGGUAAUUGCCAGGUACUGAAGAUACUUUGUCAACCACCGCAUAGGUGCAGUGAGGAAAGCAACAUGAAUAGCAUAUUUGUUAUGGCGGGUGCUAGGGAGAGUGUGUCUCUGACAACUUACGUUUCCCUAAUCUGCCUACUUAUGAUGGAUAUUUCUUGACCACAUCUUUCUCCCAGUUAGAGCUGUGGGUUCAAACGUAAAUUUACGGGAAGAGAGAAUAAUCCUUACCUGUGUGCAACACUUUAUAGCUUACAAAAUCAAUCUCACAGCUACAGUUUGUAAACUCACAGAUGUAGAGGAUGGCUCAGAAGCAUGGGACAUGGGAACAACUUAGCAAAGUCACAUGGAGUUGGAACAAGAGGAAGAAUCCAGAUCUCAUGUGUGUAGUCAAGUAUGUUCUCAGCAAACUACAUGGGAACUGUUGCCUUAUAGAUGUUUUGCAGGUGAUAAGACUAGGGAUCUGAAGAGACUGAAAGCAUUAUGGAGGAAGUGAAAAUGAAUAAUUUAAAUAAUUAGUGGGGUGAGGGAAGCCAAAGACAUGCUCCACAGUUAACUAUCCUAUCUCUAUACUGUGAAAUUCAGACUGUAAUCCUUUAAUGAUGAAUAUAUAAUCUUUCUUUAUCUCUUGUAGGUAAUUCAGACCCCUGGAAAGUAUUACUCUCUGAAUGGAUGACCUCAAGUCUCCCAACAACGUGACUGAAUUCACUCUCUUGGGGCUCACACAGAAUCCACACUUGCAGAAAAUACUCUUUAUUGUCUUUUUAUUUAUUUUCCUAUUUACUGUGCUUGCCAACCUGUUCAUUGUCGUUACCAUCUCCUCCAGCCCCACACUUUCAUCACCCAUGUACUUCUUUCUCACUUACUUAUCCUUUAUAGAUGCCUCCUACACCUCUGUCACCACCCCCAAAAUGAUCACCGACCUGCUCUACCAGAGGACAACUAUUUCCUUGGCUGGCUGCCUGACCCAGCUCUUUGUGGAGCACUUGCUGGGAGGCUCAGAGAUCAUCCUCCUUAUCGUCAUGGCCUAUGACCGCUAUGUGGCCAUCUGCAAGCCCCUGCACUACACAACCAUUAUGCGACAAGGGAUCUGCCACCUUCUGGUGGUGAUAGCCUGGAUUGGAGGCAUCCUGCAUGCCACUGUGCAGAUUCUUUUCAUGACUAACUUGCCCUUCUGUGGUCCCAAUGUCAUUGACCACUUUAUGUGUGACCUCUUCCCAUUGUUGAAACUUGCCUGCAGAGACACCUACAGACUUGGGAUGAUGGUGGCAGCCAACAGUGGAGCCAUGUGCUUGCUCAUCUUUUCCAUGCUCCUCAUCUCCUACAUAGUUAUCCUGAGCUCCCUGAAAUCCCAUAGCUCUGAAGGACGGCGCAAAGCCCUCUCCACCUGUGGUUCCCACUUUGCUGUGGUUGUACUCUUUUUUGCGCCUUGCAUAUUCACCUACAUGCGUCCUGUGGUCACCUACUCUGUGGACAAGUUGGUGACUGUAUUCUUUGCAAUCCUCACUCCCAUGUUAAAUCCUGUAAUUUACACCGUGAGAAACACAGAGGUAAAAAAUGCCAUGAGGAGCUUGUUGAAGAGAGUAACUUAAUCUGUGCAUAAUGGCAAGAAGGUGAUGAUAUGUGUAAAUAGGGAGGUAAAUAUGUGGUAAAUUGUGCGAGACUAUUCACAAAUUUACAGAUCAUUGACAAAAACAAAACAAAGAAGCAAACAAUUUAAAAAGAACCCCAGAAACUAACAUUUAUUGAGCACUUAAUAUUGGCUAGGUCUUUUUGCUAGCUAUUUUGAUAGUCUUUAACAUACUUUACCAACAUUUUAUGUUCCUGUGCAUUGAUUCUGGAUAUGCAAUGGAAAGAACAACUGUAAAUCCCUAGCUUUAUAAUUUUGGAGUAUGUUUUUUUUCUAGAGUCUCACUGUACUUUGCUAACAUGUUUGCUUCAUACAUAUGUUACAUAUGUGAAAUUGGCUUUUGCAUAGAAUCUUGAUCUCAGAACUUUUAAAAAUUUUGGUUGGCUCUUGGUAAAGCAAAAUAAAGAAGCUAGAAAUCCUUAGACAUGAGUAGAUGGAGGGUGACAAUUGAGGAGCAAAAGAACCACUGGUGAUUUUCUUCCAUUGCUAAUUUGUUCCUUCCCUCCCUUUCUCUCUCUCUCUCUUUCCUUCU